GAAUUAAAUCUAAACAUCAGCCAUAGUAUAUAGACUCCGGCUCAUACACGUUUUCUUAUAAACUACGACCAUGUCUCUCUUAGCGUCCUUCUUUGGUUGCUUCGUUCCAAAAUCUGGCUCAAAGAUAAGCUCAAGCGAUGGUAGUAGUAAUUCCAAAACCUUGUCCUUGGAGAAACCAAAAAGCAAAUCCAAAUCUCCGAGAGCUCCAAUGAUAGUGUCUUAUUUUCCCGUAGGUUCGAAUCUUUCGCGUCUGUGAGAGAAGGCCAGAAGGUGACAUAUCUGUUGUGAAGGCUUUCGUUUUUGUUUUGUUCCUCUAGUCCUCUUUUUUUUGUUUGAUUAUGUAUAAAUUGUAAUAGACCAUUUAAAUAUUUAAUAAAUGGCGAGAAUACCAUUUCCUAUUGUGAAGAUGGUUUCGUCGCUGCGCUUGGUCCUAGGCUUGCAGGCUUCACACUGGUAGUCAGUUUCUAGACAACUGAGGUGGCAGAGGCUGUCUAUAGAACCAAAAUUGCGUUAGGUCAUGUAUCUCUCAGUAACAUCUGUUUUGUGCUUCUCUGCUUUAGGAGUUCAAUUUAUGGCCUAUUAGAGGUUAACUAUGGCCUUUGUUUGUUCUUUUAA